UCCUUUCCUAAGAUGCAUGUAAAUACAAGCACGAGCGAGUAAAAUCAAGACAAUAUAAUAAGUAACACCUUUACUGCCACAAUACCAUGAUACGUAGAACACUUCCUUUGUUCAUGGCUAUACCUCAUUUGCCUUUGUUUCGUCGUUCAAUUGUCAACUCUGUUAUAUGUGUGUGACUUUUGCUGACAUUCCCUCGACUCCUAGUUAGUAACUAACGACAUCUCGUAGCAAUCUUUCCUGGCAUUCUGUCCAGCGAUAGCGGUAAAGUUCGACGUAGAAAAGAAUAAUAAUUCCAGACCUUUUUCUUCUCUCCUUCAUUCUCCAUCAGCGUCAAGUUCAAAGCGCCUGAAAUGCGAGGUAUGGGACAACAGCUUCCCAACGGGUCCUGGAUUGGGCUCCUGGGAGUCAUCUUUAAAAAGGAGGCAGACAUGUCCGGCGUCAUGGUGUCGAUGACGGAAGACAGGGCUCGCUACUUCGACUUCAGCGUCCCAGUCACCAUGGACGAGAAGGUGCUGGCUCACAAGUGGCCACGACUCGAAUCUGACGUGAACGGAAUGUUCAAACCCUUCACGUUUGAGCUAUGGUUGUACUUGGGCCUAGUUUUCAUAGUUGUCUGCGGAGCGAUUUUCCUUAUACAGCGGAGGGAACUGGUAGAACCAACUAUCUCGACCGGGACGGACGAAAGCAAGGAAGCGAAGAUGAUCCAGUGGAAGGACGACAACGGUCAAGGGAUGCAGGAGAGAGAGCUUCCUUCUAAAAGUUUGUGGUACUCGUGUUUCUGGACGUUCUCUGCGUUCAUUGGUCAGCCUUGCUCCUGGUACCUGAGUGGCCAGUCCAUCAAGAUCAUCACGGGCAUUUGGCUUCUGCUCUCCAUGGUGGUGAGCACCGUCUACAGGAGCAACCUGAUGGCCAUGCUCACCCUGCCAAAGGUGAGGCUGCCGUUCGACAGCAUGGAAGAGCUCGUUCACUCCGGAAUCAAGACGUAUCUGCCGGCUCAAAGCUUUGUUUACACUGCAAUGAUGAAUGCUCCACCUGACUCAGCUCUGUACCGCCUCCAGAAGCAAGCCCUGGUUCACUUCGAGGCCCAGAAGGCCACCGAGGGCGUCUUGAAUGGGCGGCAUGCAGUGUUCACCGGGAAAAUAAUAGUCUGGUACCUCAUACACCAAGGAUUCGAGCGCACGAGACAAUGUCCUUUGUACAUCGCGUCUGAAACAUUUUUUGGAGCAGUUGCUUUCAGCUACGCUUUCGCCAAAGGCUCAGCUCUGAUGCUCAAAGUGAACCCUAUACUCCAAAGGCUGAAAGAGGCUGGAAUCCUGGACCACAUCACCAGCAAUGCAUUAUCGAACGUGCGGUUUUGUUCCAAGUUCCAGACUGAGACCAUCAGCCGACCUUUGGAACUUGGGGAUUUCUAUGGGGUGCUUCUUAUCUACCUCGGAGGUAUGAUCUUUUCUUUCUUCGCUUUUGUGACUGAAUGGUACAUGCAUCGAAAUUCACGCCGUAAAUGAAAGAAAAGCAUUUUAAUUUUCUUUUAGUCAACAAGAGAUCAGUUCUUUUUUUUUCCCCAAAUACGUAAAUCACAGGAGAUGAGUCAAUAGGUCAGCAGCAGCUUCUGUCACAGUUGUGCAAACACUUGUGUAAGUCAGGGAAAUCAUUUAACCCCUCAGUAAAGGUAACAGUAUGUGGUAACCUGAAUAAAAAAAAUGGAACGGACUGAGUUGCGGUAAAAUAUGACCAACCAUUGCUCGAAAAUACCAAAAAGCUUUUU